UUUGUGCCAUCCUUUUCUAUUCUUCGUUUGCCUCCUCUUCUCCUUUCUUCUCCUUCUUCUUCUCUUUGUUCCACCCCAUUUGUAACGGACUGCCUCUCUCUCUCCCUCUCUCCCCGUCUCUGUCUCUCUCUCUCUCUCUCUCUCUCUCUCUCUCCCUGUCUCUCCCUCUGUCUCUCUCUGUCUCUCUCUCUCCGUGGUGAUCUCGUAGUAUCGGCUCUUUUUUCAUCGCCCAUGAACGUAGUAAGCCUGCUGACGACGAAACCAUCGAAGGGAGAAGGAGCGCCGUCGUUCUUGUCAUAAUUUGGCACUGAGAAAUCACACCCUUGAUGCAAAAGAUGGAGGUUGGCUUUUAGGCAGCCUCCUCCUCCUCAUCCUGGAUUGAAUUAUAUGUUCUCUCUCUCUCUCUUUUUCUUUUCUCUCAGGGAUUUGAUUUCUUGGUGUCUUCUUGAUUUUGGCCCUGUAAAGGAGGGAACUUUAUAUUUCCCUGUGUCGCCAUUCCAAUGGGCAUGUCAUCUGAUAACGUGCACGGACUUGUUUUGGCCCUCUCGUCGAGCGUUUUCAUCGGUUCUAGCUUCAUUGUCAAGAAAAAGGGGUUGAAGAAAGCUGGGAUAACUGGAGUCAGAGCAGGUUCGGGAGGUUAUUCGUACUUAUAUGAACCCUGGUGGUGGGUAGGAAUGAUAACCAUGAUUGUUGGGGAGAUUGCCAAUUUCGCUGCCUAUGCAUACGCUCCUGCGAUUCUUGUUACGCCUUUGGGAGCACUGAGUAUCAUCUUCAGUGCAGUGCUUGCCCAUUUUAUCUUGGAGGAGAAAUUGCACAUCUUUGGUGUCCUUGGAUGUGUUCUUUGUGUGGUGGGUUCCACAAGCAUUGUCUUACACGCUCCAAAGGAAAGAGACAUUGAAUCCGUUAAACAAGUGUGGCGCCUCGCCACCCAGCCAGGUUUUAUCGUGUAUACUGUUGUAGUUCUCAUCGUGGUUGGUGUUCUUAUUUUCUGCUAUGCACCACGUUAUGGACCUACUAAUAUGAUGAUUUAUAUUGGGAUUUGCUCUCUCAUGGGUUCUCUAACGGUGAUGAGUGUUAAAGCAUUGGGCAUCGCCCUGAAGCUCACAUUUUCAGGAGCGAACCAAUUCAUUUACUUCCAGACAUGGUUCUUCACUAUAGUCGUCAUCUGUUUUAGUCUCAUGCAGAUCAACUUCUUGAACAAGGCGCUUGACACCUUCAAUACUGCUGUAAUAUCUCCAGUGUACUAUGUGAUGUUCACGACUUUCACCAUCCUUGCCAGCAUGAUCAUGUUUAAGGACUGGGAUUCACAAAAUGCAUCACAAAUUGUGACUGAGUUGUGCGGUUUCGUCACUAUACUCUCCGGGACAUUUCUUCUUCACAAAACCAAAGACAUGGGAAAUGAGAAAACCGUCAACGCCCAGGCCUUUUCAAGUCCAGGACCAAAUCCGAACUCAAACGACGGAUAGUACGAGUCAGUGCAUCUAACCUUUCUAGUUAAAAGCCCGCCCUGGCAGUUUCCGAAUGUACAUGGGAAUGAGCACAAGGGAGAACGGAAACAACAGACUUUUCUCACCUAAGGUGAAUGUCGCGGGAGGGAAAACAGGCUUUAGUUUUGUCAAUGCGAAGAUUCACGAGCAUCAUCUGACAUAAUUUUGGGGGGAUUGACAAAAUGAUGAUACCCAUGGAGGAUCAAUCUUUGGUUAAUUUACCGACAGUUCGCUUUCACUUUUCUCCUUUGCCAUUUCUAUUGGUAUUCCAUACUUCUUCAAUGAACAGAAUCUUAGUGCA